ACCUAUUUUCCUGCAGCAAGAACACAGCCGAGGUGUCUCGGUGACCACACAGAGGCCACCUCCCUAAAAAUUACGCUGUUCUCUGACCCACCCCAGGUCUCACAGUUCAGGCUAAUCAUUGACAGGGCUUUUACGAUCACAAGCUUUUAGUGAAGCUUUGAUAAGACACUCCAGCAGUUAGUGGCAAAUGAAGACAGCCUGCACAGCAGGGACUCCACUGAAUGAAUGGAUUUUUUUCAGUAUUGGUGAAGGGAAUCUGACUUUUAAUGCUGGCGUUAUAAAGCAGCAUAAUGCGUGGCCGACAGCUGAAGAGAUUUGUUGCUUUUUUGACAUUAGUUUUCAUAAGGAUGGUCGCUGGGCUUGCCGGAGAAGGAAGAUCUGUGUGGAAAAAGGACCCCAGCUCCAGUCCUGUGAGCGAAACACAGAUGUUUUUGUAUGACACUUUCCCCACAGAGUUUCUCUGGGGUGUAGGGACAGGGGCAUUCCAGGUGGAAGGCAGCUGGAGGAAGGACGAGAGAGGACCCUCCGUCUGGGACCGCUUCAUCCACGCAGAGCUCAGAGACACUGACAGCGCAGAUGUUUCCAGUGACAGCUACACCUUGCUGGACAAAGAUGUGUCAGCUCUGGAUUUUUUAGGAGUUACCUUUUACCAGUUUUCAAUCUCGUGGUCAAGGCUUUUUCCCACUGGAGUGGUAGCAGCUCCUAACGAAAAAGGACUCCAGUACUAUAACACCCUUAUUGACUCUCUGGUCUACAGAAAUAUUGACCCCGUGGUUACCCUGUACCACUGGGACCUGCCCUUGACACUGCAAGAGCAAUAUGGGGGAUGGAAAAAUGAAUCGGUCAUUGAUAUCUUCAAUGACUAUGCCACCUUUUGCUUCCAGACUUUUGGGGAUCGUGUUAAGUAUUGGAUUACCAUCCACAAUCCUUAUUUAGUUGCUUGGCAUGGGUAUGGCACGGGUAUUCAUGCUCCUGGAGAGAAAGGGAAAAUAACCACUGUCUACACUGUAGGACACAACCUGAUCAAGGCUCAUGCAAAAGUUUGGCAUAACUACAAGAAACACUUUCAACCAUAUCAGAAGGGAUUGAUGUCCAUAGUCUUGGGAUCCCACUGGAUCGAACCCAACAGAUCAGAAGAUGCUUUGGACAUUUCUAAAUGCCAGCAGUCUGUGGAGAGAGUACUUGGCUGGUUUGCUAAACCCAUCCAUGGGGACGGUGAUUAUCCAGAAGAACUGAAAAAUGAAUCUUUUUUGCCACGCUUUACUGAGGAUGAAAAAAAGUACAUCAAAGGAACAGCUGACUUCUUUGCAUUUUCCUUUGGUCCCGAUAACUUCAAACCUCCAAACACUCUACCAAAAAUGGGACAAAACUUGUCGCUCAAUUUGAGGGAAGUACUGAAUUGGAUUAAACUGGAAUACAACAGCCCUCGGAUCUUCAUUGCAGAGAAUGGCUGGUUCACUGACAGCCAUGUGAAAACCGAUGACACCACUGCCAUCUACAUGAUGAAAAACUUCAUAAAUAAGGUUUUACAAGCUAUUAAAUAUGACAACAUAGAUGUGUUCGGUUACACAGCCUGGUCACUCCUUGAUGGCUUUGAAUGGCAACAUGCUUACAAAAUCCGGCGUGGAUUAUUUUAUGUGGAUUUCAAAAGUGAAAAAAAGGAACGGAUUCCCAAGUCAUCUGCACUUUAUUAUAAACAGAUCAUACAGGAAAACGGCUUCUUCCCAAGAGAGUCUACCCCAAAUGUGCAAGCUCAGUUUUCCUGUGACUUCUCCUGGGGUAUCACCGAGUCUGUUCUCAAGGCGGAGUCCGUGGCUUCCUCACCCCAGUUCUGCGAUCCAAACCUCUACCUGUGGAACAUCACGGGAGAUGGGCUCCUGCACAAAGUGGAAGGAGUGAAGCUAAAAACCCGGCCGGCACAGUGUACGGAUUUUGUCAGUAUUAAAAAGCAACUUGACCUCCUGGAAAAAAUGAAAGUCACCCACUACAGAUUUGCCCUUGACUGGUCACUAAUUUUACCCAAUGGAGAUUUGUCAGUGGUCAACAAACAAGUGCUGAGGUAUUACAGAUGUGUGAUUAGUGAAGUGCUAAAACUCAACAUCCAGUCUAUGGUCACCCUGUACUACCCAACGCAUGCCUACCUGGGCCUGCCGGGCCCUUUGCUGCAGACAGGAGGGUGGCUCAACCAGUCUACAGCCCAUGCUUUUCAAGACUACGCGGCUUUAUGCUUUCAGGAACUAGGAGAUUUGGUUAAACUUUGGAUUACAAUAAACGAGCCUAACCGACUCAGCGAUGUCUACAACAGGAGCAGCAGUGAUACAUACCGGGCAGCACACAAUUUACUAAUAGCGCAUGCCAUGGCCUGGAGAAUAUAUGAUGAGCAGUACCGGUCCUUCCAGUACGGCAAAGUGUCCCUGUCCCUGCACUCAGACUGGGCCGAGCCUGCCAACCCCUACUUUGAAUCCCACGCCAAAGCUGCCAACAGGUUCCUUCAGUUUGAAAUAGGCUGGUUUGCUGACCCCAUCUUUAAGACUGGGGACUAUCCUGCUACAAUGAGGGAAUACAUCCACUUUAAAAACAGAAAAGGCCUCUCGCACUCUUCACUGCCAUCUUUCACAAGCGAGGAAAGGAAGCUCAUUAAAGGUGCAGCUGACUUCUACGCGCUGAAUCACUUCACCACGCGAUUUGUGAUUCACGAGCCCCAGAAUGGGAGCCAGUAUGAGUUUGACCGUGACAUCCAGUUCCUGCAGGACAUCACCUGCCUGAGCUCCCCUUCCCGGCUGGCCGUGGUGCCCUGGGGAGUGCGCAAGGUUCUGAAGUGGAUUAAAAGAACCUACGGUGACAUAGAUAUCUACAUCACGGCAAACGGAAUAGAUGACCAGUCCUUAGACAACGAUGAGCUUCGGAACUAUUACUUAGAAAAAUACGUACAAGAGGUUUUAAAAGCAUACUACAUUGAUAAAGUCAAGAUUAGAGGCUACUACGCAUUUAAACUGACCGAAGAAAAAUCUAAGCCCAGAUUUGGAUUCUUCACUUCUGACUCCAAAGGAAAGCCUUCAAUAAAAUUUUACAAUAACCUGAUCAGCAAUAACGGCUUUCCUGCCGACUACUCUGUCUGCGAUCCAUCCAACGAUAAGCAGUGUAGCUUCUGCUUGUUUCUUUCUCAGAAGAAGCCAUUGAUAUUCUUUGCCUGCUGUCUUUUCUCCACUCUGAUCUUGCUUUUAACUAUUAUUGUUUUUCACAAAAGAAAAAGAAGAAAACGCUUUAAGGCAAAGAGGAUCCAGCGCAUCUGCGUGUCACUUUAAUAAGGGGGCACAAGCUCACCUUCACCAAGAUUCAUGACUGUGCAUUCUACAGAGAACCAUACAGAACAGGCAUCUGCAGAAAAGCACUAUGUGAGUCACUCCAGUUACACACACCCAACACAGAAUCAUAGAAUGGCCUGGGUUGAAAAGGACCUCAAAAAUCAUCGAGUUUCAACCCCCUUGCGGAGUGCAGGGUCGCCAACCACUAGACCAGGCUGCCCAGAGCCACGUCCAGUCUGGCCUUGAACAUCUCAGUUGAAAACAAGGUAACUGCAUGCACAGGAAGGCAAGCUACAAUACCUGCUCCUGGUGAAAUUACUGUUCUCCACUUUCUGUACAUACAAAGAAGAAAACGUUAUGACUCUCCUGUGCCUUGGAAUAACCUUACAAACUGUUAGACUUGAAAAGAGAUAUUAGUCUGUGAGAACUGAUAUGCACUUUUAUACGAACCUCUCUGCACCAAAACUUCCUGUGAUGUAUAUUCAUGCUAUGAAUGAUGUUAAACGUGAAACUGCAAUUGGUAGUUUAUAAAUAAAAGCGUUAGUAAACACCGAAUGGGUAGAUGCAGUCACAAUCUGUAACUUCACAUUUCUGGAGGAACAAUCUAAACAUUCUGCACUUCCAGCUGCCCCUAACACUCAAAAUAGCAUCAAACACAAGGUAAGUGACGUGAUUUCCAUAUCUGUUGUUAUAAAAGCAUACAGAACCUCAAUAAUAAGACCUGAGAUGUGUUUACCUCCAUCUUGCAGAAACAGUGCUAUCCUAGAGGAGCAUCCUUACCCAUCCAAGGCAGUCACCACUUCCAGCUGUUAGCAUCAAAGUCCAUACACCCACAGACAACUACCAAGGUACCAAAUGUACAGACACUGAAGAAUUAAGGCAGCUACAUAUCGUGGCUCUUUAUGCACAGCCAACUAGAAACUUCGCAUGUAUCCUCAAACUAGUACACAUGCAACCAACUGAAUCCCCAUCACCCAACAUUAAAUCUCAGUUCAUUAAUAGACUCCUCCUCCAGUGCAUUUCAAGUACUGGCCAACAUCACAGGAAACUCAUUUAUUCAAAAGGCAAGUAGCAGUAAAACCGUGGAUUCUUUUGAACAAGAAAACACUCUGCCAUAACAGCAAAUACCAGGAGUAUUAGAGGUGCACACAUCCUUCCAUUACCUGGACAACACUCCUCUGGAGCCCAUGCACACACUUUGACGUGCAACCUACUCCGGGGAACCGCUUUAGCAGAGGCUUGGACUAGACGAUCUCCAGAGCCCCCUUCCAACCCCUAAAUUCUGUGCUCAUUGUACAAGCCAACAAUUUGAAUUCUGAAGAUUUACUUAGUGGGACAAC